AUGAGUUUUUUAUUCACAGAUGUAGUUACUAAUUUGUCAUUCUAUCGGGAAAAUAGUGAAAGCUUUUGUAGAUACCUGAUAAUUGAUGAUGAUGAUGAUGAUGCUUUGGAUGAUGAUGAUCAUGCUUUGGAUGAUGAUGAUGAUGAUGAUGAUGAUGAUGAUGAUGAUGAUGAUGCUUUGGAUGAUGAUGAUGAUGCUUUGGAUGAUGAUGAUGAUGAUGAUGAUGAUGAUGAUGCUUUGGAUGAUGAUGAUGAUGAUGAUGAUGCUUUGGAUGAUGAUGAUGAUGAUGAUGAUGAUGAUGCUUUGGAUGAUGAUGAUGAUGAUGAUGCUUUGGAUGAUGAUGAUGAUGAUGAUGAUGAUGAUGCUUUGGAUGAUGAUGAUGAUGAUGAUGAUGAUGAUGAUGAUGAUGAUGAUGAUGAAGCGAAAUGA